GGGACAUGCCAGCUAUGGGGUACAUGUAUGAAGGAAUAGAGAGGGCAAAGGUUGCAAUAAAGACUCAUUACAAGGGUAUCGAAGAGAAAUAUAUGCUGCUCUGGGAUAUAAUUGAUCGGAGAUGGAACAUGCAGCUUCACUCGUCCUUACAUGCAGCGGCAGCCUCCCUUAAUCCUUCGAUAUUCUACAGUCCAAACUUUAAGAUCGAUUUGAAGGUGAGAAAUGGAUUUCAAGACACUAUGUUAAAGAUGGCUACCACACAAGAAGAUAAGAUGGAUAUAACUAAAGAGCAUCCUAUGUAUGUCAAUGCACAAGGUGCACUUGGGACUGAUUUUGCAAUCAUGGGAAGGACACUGAAUGCCCCAGGUGACUGGUGGGCAGGUUAUGGUUAUGAAAUCCCGACACUCCAGCGGUUUGCAAUACGGAUUCUAAGCCAACCUUGUAGCUCCCAUUGGUGCUGUUGGAACUGGACCACCUUUGAGAGCCUACAUAGCAAGAAACGCAACCGAGCAGAGCUGGAAAAAUUCAAUGACCUGGUUUUUGUGCAUUGCAAUCUUUGGUUGCAAUCCAUUUAUCAGAAGAGGGAUGGAAAAUGCAAACCCAUAGCGUUUGAUGAAAUAGAUGUUGGCUCUGAUGAAUGGCCUACUGAGUUGGAUUCUCCUGCUCCACUCUUGGAUGAUUCAUGGUUGGACAACUUACCCCUUGGGUGAUACAUGUAUGUGUGUGCAUGUAUGUGUCUAAUUAUGUAAUUUUGUAUGAUAAUAUUAUAAUCAGUGGUUGAUAUUGACACUCUAAGACCAUCUCCAACUAUGGGAGGUCAAACCUAAAACUUGAGAUUUUUAGCCCAAAA